AAUUUGGGGUUCUUAAAAGAUCACAACCAAUAGUCUCUUUAAUUUCCAUCUAUCUAAUCUAUUUAUUUUCUUAAUUAAUCAUCAUUAUUUAUACUAAUUAAGCUAUAAUUAUGGGGAUUAAGAUUUAUGGAAUGCCCAUAUCUGGAUGUACCCAGCGUGUAUUGGCCGCUGCUCAUGAGAAGAACCUUGAUUAUGAAUUGGUUAUUGUUGACUUGAGGAAACACCAACAAAAGGAACCAUCUUUUCUCUCCCUCAAUCCGUUUGGUCAAGUCCCUGUUUUCCAAGAAGGAGAUCUCAAAUUGAUUGAAUCAAGGGCAAUAACAAGAUACAUAGCAUAUACUUAUGAAGGCCAAGGAACACCUCUUAUCUUCAAAGACAAUAAACAAAUGGCACAUCUAACGGUAGCUAUGGAAAUCGAAGCUCACCAAUUCGAGUCGAUCGCCAUUAAACUAGCAAUGGAGCUUGCUUACAAGGGUUACAUGGGCUUGGCUUGUGACGAUGCAAUAGUAAAUGAAUACGAGCCUAAAUUCGCAAAGGUCCUUGACAUAUACGAAGCGUAUUUGUCGAAGAAUAAGUACGUAGCAGGUGAUACUUUUAGUCUAGGAGAUGUUCAUCACAUGCCCGCCUUGCAAACAUUGAGUGGUACCAAAAUUAAGAAGAUGUUCGAGGAACGCCCUCAUGUCAAUGCUUGGCGUGAGGAAAUUUUGGCUAGGCCUUCUUGGCAAAAGUGUAUGGCCAUGAAGAAAGAGUUUUUGGAACAAUAGAGAUCAUAUAUAUAUAUAUAUAUAUAUUACCUCCGUUUUGAAAUACCUGUACCUGAUAGUAACAUAUUGCUGUGUGGGAUAAUGUUACAUAUCAGAUAUAAAUAUAAUGGAACGGGGGAAUCAAGUAUGAUUUCUAUGUUUGUGUUUUUAUGAUGCUUGGGUAUAAGUGUUGUUGUGUGAUUGAAAGGUUUACGGGUUGAUUUUUGGAAGUAGACUCUUGCGUAAAUGCAAGAUAUGUCUUUUAUUUUUCUAUAAUUUUUGUGUUCGUGAACUGUAUUGAGGUUUGUCAUACUAAAAAAUUAAAUAAGUACGACUUGUACACAAAGUUUGUUAUUGUUGUAUUAGUUUUUCCAAUUAUGAUUGGAUGUUGUGUUAUAAUUAAUAAUUAAUAAAGAUUAUUUUUUUAACAUUUGCAA